AUGGGCUGUGCGGGAUCGAAACCUAAGGACGAUACGUCUCCUCCUCGACGGAGAGAUGCAUCAGAGGAGGCCGUUCCCGCUCCGAAAGUUGCACCGGACGAUUUAUCAGAUAAUGGACCAUUGCUAGCUCAGAGCCCGAAGAUUAAAGCCCAAAGCGGCCUUUCAGAACCUAGUAGAUCCGACAAAUCUCCAACCGCGGCACCGACAGAUCAAUUAUUAUCACGAGACGAUGGACCAGCAGCAGAUUCCCAACGGUCAAAUCCACCGACACAGGUUACCGGGUUACCAUCAGGAGGUCCACCAGGGUUACACGGAUCGCCAGCUGUGCCCGCGCAGGAGCGGCCACCGCCGGGUGAAAUGGCAGCAGUGCCAGCGCCUUCGGCCGGGCCCACAGGAGCGCGGAUUGCGGCCCAGACGUUCACGUUCCGAGAACUGGAGCGAGCGACGGGCGGGUUCUCCGAGAAGAAUUUUAUAGGCGAGGGCGGGUUUGGUCGCGUGUACAAAGGGUGGCUGGAGUCUACAGGCCAGGUGGUAGCGGUGAAGCAGUUGGAUAGGAACGGCGUGCAGGGCAAUCGGGAAUUCCUGGUCGAGGUGCUCAUGCUCAGCCUGCUGCACCAUCCGAAUCUCGUGAAUCUCAUUGGUUACUGCGCGGACGGCGAUCAACGGCUGCUGGUGUACGAAUUCAUGCCACGUGGCGCUCUUGAGGACCACCUGCAUGACCUACCGGAGGGCAGGGCGAGUCUGGAGUGGAGCAAGCGCAUGAGAGUGGCAGCAGGGGCGGCCAAGGGCCUCGAGUACCUGCACGAGGAGGCCUCCCCGCCCGUCAUCUACCGCGAUUUCAAGUCCUCCAACAUUCUCCUCGACGAGAACUGGCACCCGAAGCUCUCGGAUUUUGGGCUCGCGAAGCUGGGGCCUGUGGGGGACAAGACGCAUGUGUCGACGCGGGUCAUGGGCACGUAUGGGUACUGCGCGCCCGAGUAUGCCAUGACGGGGCAGCUCACGGUUAAGAGCGAUGUGUACAGUUUCGGAGUGGUGCUGCUGGAGCUGAUCACGGGGAGAAAGGCGAUUGACAGCUCGCGGCCGCAUGGAGAGCACAACCUCGUUGCUUGGGCGCGGCCGCUGUUCAAGGACAGGAGGAAGUUCCCAGCCAUGGCGGACCCCUUGCUGCAGGGCCGCUACCCCAUGCGCGGGCUGUACCAGGCGCUGGCCGUCGCUGCCAUGUGCCUGCAGGAGCAGGCCAGCCAGCGCCCCAUGAUCCAUGAUGUGGUUACCGCGCUCAACUACCUGUCGUCGCAGCCCUACGACCCAAAUAACAACCCGCAACCCAGCACGACUGGCAGAUACACGCCAGGCACGACGCCCCUUCACGAGAAGAAGGGAUCUCGCUCACCCCGCGGAGCUUCCUCCGCUCCUCGUCCCGCUUCUACUCUCCCUCGUUCUCUCAUCGUCGCAUCUCGCUCGCCCGGUCGUCGCACAGCAGUGCUCUGCGACCAUUCUCUGCGCCAACAACCUCUGCUGCAGCAAGUGGGGCUGGUGCGGCUCCACCGUCGAUUACUGCGGCGCGGGCUGCCUAUCUGGCCCGUGCAGCGGAACCGCCUCCGCCUCCCCCCCUCCGCCUUCCGCCUCUCCGCCUCCCCCCACAAGCUCUCCGCCUCCUCCUACCAGCUCUCCCCCUCCGCCCACGAGCUCCCCACCUCCGCCAACUACCGGGUCCCCCCCUGUGUCCACCAAUGGCCAAUGUGGUGUGCAGAACGGCAACAGCAUCUGUCCUAA